ACACGCACUCACCAUCCACACUUAUAUAUAGUUUCAUUGAAACAAGCAACAACUAGUUUCCUUCAAUUAUAUCUUGAACUCUGUUUCAAUGUCUUCUGAUCUCUAUACUUUUGAUGUUCCUUUCCGUACACAUUCAAGCCUUGACAUGGUCUCCUCUGAUGGAAUCACAGACCUUCUUUUCUCUGAUUCUUACCAGCCUUUCCCUUUUUCCUCUUCUUUCUUUUCUCCUCCUCCUCCUCCAAGUACCCACUUGGAAAAUCAGAGUCUCUAUCAGCCUAACCCUGUGCAAGAUGGCCCCAAUAUAAAUAACAACUUUGGAAAUUACUCUGUUUUAGAAGGGUCCAGAGUGAAAAGUGAAGAAUGCCAAAUGGGUGUGGAUUUUCCUUACAAUUCUCACUUUCUUCCACACAGUUUCAGUGGUGCUGAUGAAAGUGCAUCAAAGUUCAUGCAGAGGAGCUACAGCUGUAACUCUUUUGAUUGGAAGCUUCACGGUGACGCUUUCAUAGACUCUCCAAAUUUUGGACGGCAUGCCUUGAGCUCCCCUGAAAACAGUUUCUUCACUGGACAAAUUAGGAGGGCGUGUAGUGCAGGAGAUUUGCAGAAUGUGAAAGCAACACAUACUCCUCAAACGGAUAGCCCCUUAUUAGAGGAAUCAAACUUCAAAGUAGGGCGUUACAGUGCUGAAGAAAGAAGAGAAAAAAUCUCUAAAUACAGAGCCAAGAGAAGCCAGAGGAAGUUCAACAAGACUAUUAAGUACGCAUGCCGAAAGACAUUAGCUGACAAUCGAACACGCAUACGUGGCAGAUUCGCACGUAACGACGAAACCAGCGAGGUUCCAAGAGCUACAUGUUCAACCACAGCAGAAGAACACGAAGACAACUUCUGGGUUGAGUUCGUUGAAAGUUUGAACUUUUAUGGAGUUCCUCAGUUUCAGGAGUAGUGCGCCUUUGGAGUUAUGUAUGACUGAAGCAUCAUUUCUCCAAGACCUUUUCAUGAAGUUUUGGUUGAUAGGGACUUUACAAGGAAGCAGCCUUUUGUAAACCAAGAGAAAUAGUACCGAACUUAUAAAAUUUAACCUUUUUUUAAUAUACCAGUAAAGACAUUGUAUUUGGACUGAAAAAUGCAACAAAGUUCAAACAUAUAAGUUGGUAGUUGGAGGCUGCCUCCAGCCAGGUUUUCCUUAGUUGAAUUCGAUUUCAAUUUCAAUUUCUCUUUUUGUUUGUUGGUUUUGAUCUGUUCAGUGUAUAUAACCAUGAAUCUUAUUCAAUAAUCUAGUGCUGUUCUCAGAAAAUAUGCACAGCAAUUAUGGUUAUUUUUAACUUUAUUGUCACAUUUGCCGGAUUAGGCAGUGGAACUCAAGUUUGUGUUGCUAGUCUUGCUACUUUGUGAUAGGAGCGGGAAUGCAAGCCCAAAGGAUAUUCUGAUUCAUCACACUUCUAGUGGGCCUAAGGUUUGGAGAGUCUAUUCUAGAAGGGGCAAGAAUGGAAUUCCUACUAAGUAAUCUUCUAACAGAAUAGAGAGAGGGAGAGGAGAGGAGGAUUGUAAGAACCAUUAGUAUAAGGAGGGAAGAGAGAGGUAGAGGGGUCAUCUUUGGUUGUUAGCUAUUGAGAGAUAUGAGUAGGAAGCCUUGAGCUUCCUAUAGGAGCUUGCUCUGGUCAGAAACUGGGUGCCAUUCCCUUUCUGUAUUUUCCCACAGUUCAUCAAUAAACAAUCGUUCCCUUUCUUUGAA